AUGGCCAAUCAUAUGGCUGGUGCAGCAAUUAACGAAUUAGUCCGAGUAGGUCAUGAAGAAUUAGUUGGAGAAAUAAUUCGUUUGGAAAACGAUUUAGUAACAAUUCAAAUGUACGAAGAAAUAUGUAUAGAUAUAUUUUCAUUGACUGGUAUUACCAUUGGAGAUCCUGUUCUGCGAACGGGCAAACCUUUAUCCAUCGAACUUGGUCCAGGCAUAAUGUCCAAUAUUUUCGAUGAGUUGAAAUCUGAAUCCUGUCUUAAUAAAAAUACUCAGAGUAAAGAUGAAAGAUACUGUAUUCAACGACCUCUUGCAAUGAUUUCUGAUUAUACAAAAAGUAUCUAUAUUCCACGUGCUAUCAAUGGUCCCUCUUUAAAUCGUUCGACAUUAUGGCAUUUUACUCCUGAAAAUCGCAUUCAAAUUGGUAGUCAUAUUACUGGUGGAGAUAUAUUUGGUAUAGUACCAGAAAAUCAAAUGAUUCAACAUCGAUUAAUGCUUCAUCCAAAAGCAAAAGGAACUGUGACUUAUAUUGCAUCAGAAGGCAAUUAUACCCUUGAAGAUGUUAUUCUGGAAACUGAAUUGAAUGGAGAAAAAAGUGAACAUACAAUGGUUCAAAUUUGGCCAAUUCGACAAAUGCGACCUGUGACUGAAAAACUUGUCCCUAAUCAUCCAUUAUUAAUGGGUCAACGUGUUUUAGAUUCAUUAUUUCCAUGUGUUCAAGGUGGCACAAUAGCUAUUCCAAAUGCUUUUAGUUGCGGAAAAGGAGCUAUUACUCAAUCAUUAUCAAAAUAUUCUAAUAGUGAUGCCAUGGUUUAUGUUGGAUGUGGAGAACGUGGAAAUGAAAUGGUUGAAGUUUUACAAGAUUUUCCACAAUUAAAAAUGGAAGUAGAAGGAAAAGAAGUAUCGAUUAUGGAACGAACAACAUUAGUAGCCAAUACAACCAAUAUGCCAGUUGCUGUACGUGAAGCUUCCAUUUAUACAGGUGUAACACUGUCGGAAUAUUUUCGUGAUAUGGGUUAUAAUGUUACACUGAUGGCUGAUUCGACCUCACGUUGGGUCGAAGCUUUGCGUGAAAUUUCUAUUGGUUUAGCUGAAAUGCCUGGUGAUUCUGGUUAUCCAGCUUAUCUCGGUACACGUUUAGCGUCAUUUUAUGACCGUGCUGGUCAUGUUCGAUGUUUAGGUAAUCCAGAACGUGAAGGUUCUGUGAGCAUUGUUGGGACAGUAUCUCCGCCCGGUAGUGAUUUCACUGAUCCAUUAGCAGCAAUAACAUUAAGUACUGUUCAAGUAUUUUGGGCUUUAGAUAAGAAAUUAGCACAACGUAAACAUUUCCCAUUGGUCAAUUGGUUUAUUUCAUAUAGUAAAUAUACACAUGUUCUUGAUGAUUAUUAUGAGAAAAAUUUUCCUGAAUUUGUUCCAUUACGCAUGAAGUGUAAAGAAAUGUUAGAAGAAGAAAAAAGUCUUUCUGACAUUGUUCAAUUAGUGGGAAAAUCAUCAUUAUCUGAAACAGAUAAAAUUACAUUGGAAAUUGUUCGUAUAAUUAAAGAAGAUUUUCUUCAACAAAAUAUAUUUUCAUCUUAUGAUAGGCAAGAUGAUAUUUAUUGA